AGACAACCAGACAACAUCCCACCGAAUUCUUUCUUAAAAUAAAUAAAAGAACAACAUACGUGUACAUUGUUUUAGUUCCGGAAAAUGAUUACCGAAGUUCUUGUACUCUUAGUUCUUUUCGCUCUGCUCAUCAAAGCUUCCAUCCGGCCUUCGAAUUUCCCGCCAGGACCGAGAGGAUUGCCAUUGGUGGGUUUCAUCCCGUUUCUCUCGAAACUGGACCCGGAGUAUCCGCAUUUGGCGCUGAAGAAGCUGUCGGAUCAUUACGGUCCAGUCGCCGGCUUCUAUCUGGGGCCCAGUCAGCCAUUCAUUUCCGUUUGCGGAUACCAGGCUGUUAGGGAGGCACUCUACAACGAGGAUUUGGCCGGACGGCCGAGCAAUGCGGCCAGAAGGGAGCGGACAUUCGGCCAGCGGCUCGGAGUCAUCCACAACGACGGGCCCGAGUGGCAGGAGCAGCGCCGAUUCGCUCUGCGCCAUCUGAGGGAUUUGGGGUUCGGGCGGACGUCGUCGGAGGGUCUCAUCCGUGAAGAGAUCGAGGACCUGACGCAGGAGAUAAGAGCCCAUCAAUUGGCCCACGGAUCGGUGGACUUGAAAGGCCUGUUCAACUUGUCUUUGAUCAACAUUUUGUGGGCCCUUGUGGGCGGCGAGCGGUUCAGGAGGGACGACACAAGAUUGACCCAUUUGCUCGACAUUGUCGACAACUUUGUCAGGAGCGCCGAUUUCACCCGGGCAAAUAUCCCCCUGCCGGACUUUUGCCUGCGCUACUUUCCGUCCUUGACCAGGAAAUUGCUGGGCUUGCGCAACGACCUGUUUACUCCACUCCAGGAUUUCAUACGGGAAAGGAUUAGGGAACAUGCCAAGGAUCGUUCCGAGGAUUAUCCCAGAGAUUUUAUUGACGUUUAUCUCCAGGAAAUGAGCAAACGUCAAUCCACCGACUCUUCGUUCCACGAGAAUCAAUUGAUUGGUGUCAUCAUCGAUUUCUUUAUCGCCGGAGCGGAAACGACUAGCGGAUCCAUCGGGUUCGCCCUUUUGUAUCUGUUACACAACCCCGACAUUCAGCGCCAAAUUCAAACGGAAUUGGACCAAGUGUGCGGCGAUUCUCUGCCUCAAUUGGCCCACCGACCCAGUUUGCCUUAUACCGAAGCCGCUCUGAUGGAAGCCCAACGCCUUAGCAACAUCACUCCAUUGGCGGUCGCCCACAAAGCUUUGCGAGACACCCAACUGGGGGGUUAUUCCAUUCCUCGGGGCAGUAUAGUGACGGUGAAUCUGUUUACCGUUCACCAUGACGACGAAAGCUUUUGGCAAGAUCCCGAAAUCUUCCGCCCCGAGAGACAUUUGAGUCCUGACGGCAGAACAUUGAUCAAAACCGACCAUCUUCUACCUUUCAGCGCCGGUAAACGGGCGUGUCUAGGUGAACCGCUGGCCAGAAAUACUUAUUUCCUUUUCACGGCCUCUUUGUUGAAAGUCUUUGAGUUUCAUCCGCUACCAGACCGUCCGCUGCCGACUCUGAAACCCAAGAACGGACUCACGCUGAGCUACGACGGAUUCGAAGCCAUAGUUACCCCGAGAACUUGAACACAUUAUAUACCUUAUUAUAAUAUAAACUAUACAUAAAUGCCGAGAUGAAUCAAAAAUUAUACGCAAUGGAUUAAUAAA